AUGGCCAUUCAGUUGUCAAAUAAAUGUGCGUCUUACCUGUUGCGUUUUAAAAUUUUAGGUUAUGUCGGUUUGUUUUAAAAUUGUUUUUAUUGUAUAAAUUAGUAUUUUAGUGAGUGUUUUACGUGAAACAUUUUUAAAAAUAAGCUUUAAUUAAGAGACAUUCGAUGGCUACUCUAUUAACAGAUUUAGAUGCUACUUGUGCUAAUUUAGGUUAUCAUGAGCCGGAUAGGUAUUAUGCAGAACCCGAUGCUUUGCAAAAUUUGAAGCAUUUGAUUUGGAUAUUAAGGCGAGACAGUGAAACUCAUGAUUAUCGAAGACAUUUGGGGCGAGCUAAGGUUCUUCGAACUGACUUGUUGCCUAUGCUAGUCACCUAUUCUAAAGAAAAUGAAUUAUCAGAUGUGCUUUUGAGGUUACUUGUGAAUUUAACUAAUCCCGCUUUGCUUCUAUACCGUGAGCAACUGCCAACGGAUGGUCCUGGAAGAAAAAUUUACUUGGAAAUUAUAGAACAUUUACAAAGUUAUAAAGCUGCAUUUGUUCUAGAGGAAGUAUGGAUCGUUUUGAGUACAAGAUUGCAAGAAGCUUUAGAUAUUGAUUGGGCUGAACGUAGCGAAGAUCAUGGAUUAGUCAUUGAAAGAAUACUUGUAUUAGCAAGAAACAUCUUACAAGUACCUGCUAGUCCAGAUGCUGAAAGAAGAGCUGAUAAUGAUGCAAGUUUACAUGAUCAAGUGCUAUGGGGGUUACAUCAAUCUGGAUUACUGGAUAUUGUUUUGUAUAUUACAAAUACUCAACAAGAAAAUCAGUAUCAUCUACAUGCUAUAGAAAUAAUUUCUCUUAUGUACAGAGAACAGAAUGUAGAAAUAUUAGCUAAUUCUGAGCUCCAAAGAAGCACUUCUGAAAAAGAGCGUGAUGAACAGGAAUUAGUUGCUGCAAGAAAACGGGAACAAGCCAAGAUUAAUAAAUCUGUGGGCGCAACUCGUAUGCCGCCGUCAGGACGACACUCACGUUUUGGAGGCACCUUUGUAUUCCAAAAUAUAAAAUCAAUUUCUGAUAAUGAUAUGAUAUGUCAUAAAGUGGUGGCUGGACCUGAAGAAUUAAAUUUGAAUAAACUAAAAAACCGAGUUAAAAAACCGAAAAAUAAGAUAGUUAUUGAUACUAGUUCUGGCGAAAGGCGUUCAGCGUUUUCGGUCAGAUUAUUUUUACGUGAAUUUUGCUUGGAAUUCUUGGCUUCUUCUUAUAAUACAGUAAUGAGAGAUGUUAGACGCAUUGUUACAAGUUCUUCAAGCACUCCUGAUGAAUCAUAUUUGCUAUGGGCUGUUCGAUUCUUUAUGGAAUUCAACAGAUUGAAUGGUUUUCGAUUAGACUAUAUUAGCGAAACGUUAAGCACAACAUGGUUUCACUGGGUUUUGAGUUGCUCAGAUAAGUAUAUGGAAAUGGCAGUUACCGAUAAGAAAAAUAUGAGAUUGUGGAGUCGUAGGCUUCAUUUAGCUUUGCAGGCUUAUAGAGAGUUUCUUAUGAGCAUUCAAGCGCUAGUGAAGUUGCCUUCGGAUGAAGCAAAAGCAUUAGCGUUAUCUUUACAAAGCAAUGUAUUUUAUGUAAUGGAAUAUCGUGAAACAGUAAUACAUUUACUCAUGCAUUUCGAUGAAUCUAAAAAUUCACGAUCGUACUUGAAAGAUUUGAUUGAAACUGCUCACAUAUUUUCACGAAUGCUGGAGAAAUAUUGCAAAGCUCAAGGCAUGCGCGGGACAGUUAUGAUUCAACAAAAAAAGAAGCAGAAGAAGAAGAGUGGCACUAAAAAAUCUGUUCCCAGCCAGGAAGUGCCAAAAGUUUCGCCUGAAGAUCGUUGGUUGGAAAUCGCACAACAAGUGACAGCCGUGCUUACUUCUGACGGCGAACAAAUACCCACUGAUAUGAUUCCAUUCGACGUUACGAGUGAGGUUCCAAUUGAUGAUCAGAAGGAAGAUUGUGUGAAGCGUAUUCAAAACUUACUUAAACAAGAAAAUUUUGAACAAGCCAUUGGUCUCUUGAGAGCUGCUAGAGAGGUUUGGCCUGAACAUGAUUAUUUUGGAGCUAUGAAUGUGCAGCCCGAAGAAGAGCAAAUGAUUCUGUAUGACAUCUUUGUUGCAGAUAUAGGAAAUAAAGGCAAGUCUGCAUAUUUAUUUUAA